AUGUUCAGAAAAAUUAAAGAAGCAUCGGAGAAUGGAAAUGAUAUGUUUAGAAAUGGCACAGCACACGAAGCAGUAGAAAUAAUGACAAUGCCAAAACUUGCUAAAAUAUUAAGAGAAAUUGCUGAAAAAGUUCGAGAUGGAUUUUAUAAAGGAUAUGUUGCAGAAGCUAUUGUUCAAUUAAUACAGAGUAAAGGUGGUUUAAUGACACUUGCAGAUUUAGUAGAACAUCAAUCAACACCUGUUCAACAUAUUUCAAUUACAUAUAAUAUGAAAAAUAUUCCAUCAGUUCGAGUUUGGGAAUGUCCAUCAAAUGGACAAGGUAUUAUUGCUCUUAUGGCUAUUAGAAUAUUAGAACAAAUGCAAAAACAAAACAAAAUUCCUUCUUUAGAUAAAUUAGAACAUAAUUCAGCUGAUAUCUUCAUGCUCUCCAGAGAUGGGAUCGAUGAUUUAUGUCGUGUUCGUGAAGAAUUAUGGACAAAUAUACAAGAUAUUGAUACACGUUUAAAACAAACUUAUGUUCCACCACAAUUUCGUAUAACAACAUCAUCAACAAGUAAUCAACGUACAUUUUCAACAAAUGGUCAUCAAACAACAUCAUCAUCAACUGUAAAACGUUCUCGUAUACCAUCAUCAUCAUAUGAUGAACAUAGUACAUCUUUACCAGAAACAACUUUUGAUGAAUCAUCAUCAUCAUCAAAAUCUCUUCAUUCAUCUAUUGUACCAACAAAUAAAAUAAUAAAAACUAAAGAUGAUCUUAUAUCACUUGUUAAUCGUGAUCAACAAUCAACAAUACGUAAUCGUCGUAUGUUUGGAGUUUUAUUAGGUACAUUAAAUAAAUUUAAAGCUGAAGCUAAUGCUUAUAAUGAACAAACACUUGGAAUAAAACGACAACAAAUCGAACGACGUUUAGAAGAAAAACAAGCAAAAGAACGUGAAGAUAAACAACAUGAACGUACAGAAUUAUUAGCAUCAAAAAGAACUUGUCAACAAAAAUUAAAAUUAGUUAAUAUUAAAAUUGAAAUUAUGCAACGUAUGGCAACACAUGAAAAAUUUCAUUUACCAUUAAGAAAUUUUAUACGUACAAAAGCUAAACCAUAUGUUUUUUAUUUACCUAAAGGUUCAAUUGAUGAAGUAUUUGAAAAAAAACUUCAAGAAAGUCAAAAUGAAAUUGAUAAAGAAAUGGAAGAAUUUAAACGAGAUUGUCAACGUGAAUUAGAUUUACUUGAUGAUACAACAAAUAUAAAUGAUGAUGAAACAAUAAAUAGUAAAAAAAGAAAAUUAAGUGAACAUGAUGAUGAUCAUGAUAUUGUUGAUGAUGAUGAUGAUACAUUAGCUGAUUUACCUGAUGAAAUAACUUUAUCUGCACCAGAAGUAAAAAGUGAAAUUGUUAAUACAACAAUAAAUUCUAUUGUUGAACAAUCAAAUAAUAAUGAUAAUAAUAAUAAUAAUAAUUCAUCACUACCAAUAAAAACAACACGUACAGUUAUUUAUGAUGAAAUAAAAACAACAAAUCAACAGGAUGAUCAAUCAAUGAUUGAUGAAUAA